ACAGAUCUGGUUUCGCAGAGCCGGCCCCGCUCAGCAGGCUCCUCUCGCCCUCUGCAAGGACGCAUCUGUCCCAUUUGGACAAACAGGCUGUACUCUGCUUUCUGUGACGGUGGCGGAAGGGCCUGCCCGAGCCGCUGGCCACUGUCCGUGGUUGCUCUCUGAAAAUGGCCACAGAAUGACCAGGAGGGGAAGAGAGCUUCCUGAUAAAAUCGAUCCGACAGAUCAGGGUCCGUGUUUCCUGGGCCUUGUUGGGGCUUAAGGAGCAGUUACUGGAAGGGAAUGAGUCGGUCUCUCCUACAGGCUCUGGCCCCUUUUCCCGACAUUGCCCUGGGAUCCAGCACAGGAGGCUGCAGGAGAGGAGGGAGGCGACUCCCUUCCACGGCCGCGGGAGGGGACCAAGCAGCGGUGAAUGGUCAUUCUCUGUUUCUCUCUUCAUUAAAGCAGAAUCGUCUAAGCUUUCAGACCUUACGGGACCUGGCCUCGGGGCGUCUGAGGAACCCUCGCUUUGGAUCUCCCGGCCGUCGGAGCACUGCGGGCCCUAGAAUCAUGACUCGACGCACCGCGGUGUCCCAGAGCUGGUUUCUGAUUCCCCCAGCAAGACUGCCUCUCCGGCCUGGCCAGGGCCCACGUGCCAGGCUGGACAUGGACGCCGUCUUCUCCCUACUGCUGGCCGGAGCCGUCGGUCCCCGUCCCUGAAGACGGGCCCACCAUGUUUUACGGGACCCACUUCAUCAUGUCCCCACCCGCCAAGAGCAAGCUGAAGCGCCAGAGCCAGCUGCUGUCCAGCGUGCUGUCCCGGACGCUGAGCUACAAGUACCGCGACCUGGACGCCACCUUUUCCAGCCUGGGCGCCAGCGACGACCCCGCCGAGCUCUCGACCCAGCUCUCGGCCCCCGGGGUUCUGAAGGUGUUUGGAGACAGCGUGUGCUCGGGCACCCACUACAAGAGCGUCCUGGCCACCGGCACGUCCAGCGCGCGGGAGCUGGUGAAGGAGGCCCUGGAGCGCUACGCCCUGAGCCCCGAGCGCGCGGGCCAGUACGUGCUGUGCGACGUGGUGGGCCAGGCCGGCGACGCCGGGCGGCCGUGGCAGGCCGCGUGCGUUCGCGUGUUCGGGGACAACGAGAAGCCCCUCCUGAUCCAGGAGUUGUGGAAGCCCCGGGAAGGCUUGUCCCGGAGGUUUGAGCUGAGGAAGCGGUCGGACGUGGAGGCGCUGGCGGCCAAGGACGUGGACACCGUGACGGCAGGGAUCAACGCCCAAGCCCGGAGGCUACAGCGGAGCCGCGCCAAGGGGACCCCAGCCCCGACCUCGGGGGGUGGCCGGAGCCCCCCUCCUCACCGGCUGCGCCGCACCGUCAGCGAGACCAGCCUGAGCUCGGCCACCACCGUGCCGGACGCCGCCCGGGGCCCCGAGGAGCCCGGCCAGGACGCCAUGCGCUGCUCGCUCUACGAGUCGCCGCACCUGCUCCUCCUGCAGGGCUACAGCCAGCAGCACGACAGCCUGGUGUAUGUGUUGAACCGGGAGCGGCACACCGUGGGCCACAGGACCCCCUCCAGCAAGCCCAGCAUCAGCCUCUCGGCCCCUGACAUCCUGCCCCUGCACUGCACCAUCCGCAGGCGCCAACCCGCGGGCCGGGAGCCGGCCGGGGCACGGCUGGUCCUGGAGCCCAUCCCUGGGGCGCCCGUCUCCGUCAACUUCUCGGAAGUGGGGGGCCGCACGGUAGCGCUGCGCCACGGGGACCUGCUCUCCCUGGGCCUGUACUACCUGCUGCUGUUCAAGGACCCAGUGCAGGCCCAGCCCCUGCCCACCCAGGCCCUCGCCCGCCUCCGGGUCGUGCCGCAGAGCUGCAGGCUGUGCGGGGCCGUGCUCCGGGCCCAGGGCACCUCCAGCUCCGCGCGGGCGGCCCCGCCUCGGCCCCGGCAGCUGCACUUGGAGUUUGAGCCCGACGUGGAGGACGCGCUGCUGCAGCGGAUCAUGACGCUGGUGGAGCCCGGCGGCGACGACCACAAGCUGACCCCUGCCUUCCUCCUCUGCCUCUGCAUCCAGCACUCGGCCACCCGCCUCGAGCCGGGCUCCUUCGGGCAGCUCCUGCUCAAGAUAGCCAGGAUGAUCCGAGAGACCGUCUGGGAGAAAACUAAAGAGCUGGCAGAGAAGCAGGCGCACCUCCAGGAGCCCCUGUCCUCGGCCAGCGUCACCAUGGCGGGCCUGGCCCCGGACCUGCAGCACCUUCUCUUCUGGAUGUCCAACUCGGUGGAGCUGCUGUACUUCAUCCAGCAGAGGUGCCCUCUCUACAUGCAGAGCCUGGAGGAGGAGCUGGACGUCACAGGCUCCAAGGAGUCGCUGUUCUCCUGCGCCCUGACGGCCAGCGAGGAGGCCAUGGCGCUGCUGGAGGAGGUGGUGCUGUACGCCUUCCAGCAGUGCGUCUACUACGUCUCCAAGUCCCUGUACGUCUGCCUCCCGGCCCUGCUGGAGUGCCCCCCUUUCCAGACGGAGUGCCGGGAGAGCUGGUGCUCGGCCCCCCAGCUGCCCGAGGAGCUGCGCCGCGUCGUGUCCGUCUACCAGGCGGCCCUGGAGCUCCUGCGGCGGCUGCAGGUGCACCCCGAGAUCGCGGCCCAGGUGCUGGCCUACCUCUUCUUCUUCUCCGGCACGCUGCUCCUCAACCAGCUCCUGGACAAGGGCCCCUCUCUGAGUUGCUUCCACUGGCCCAGAGGCGUCCAGGCCUGCGCCCGCCUGCAGCAGCUCCUGGAGUGGACGAGGAGCGCUGGCUUCGGGGAGGCUGGAGAGCGCUUCUUCCGGAAGCUGUCCUGCACGCUCGACCUGCUGGCCACUCCCAGUGCGCAGCUCAUCCAGAUGAGCUGGGCGAGCCUGCGGGCCGCGUUCCCCGCCUUGAGCCCCGCACAGCUGCACCGGCUGCUGACUCAGUACCAGCUGGCCUCGGCCAUGGGCCCCAUGAGCGCCUGGGAGCCGACCGCCCAGGACUGCCCGGAAGCCUUCCGGUCAGCGUCACGUGUGUUCCCACAGAGAAAACCGGGAGGCCUCAGGCGGGAAGGUUCAGACAGAAGCAGGGCUCGGAGCCCGUUUUCCGUCUCUGUUCCCCUGGGGCUGGGACGCGGCCUCGCUCCCCUGUCACUUACUGACGAGGUCCUGGAGUCCUACGAGAACCCCCCGCCCAUCGUUUUGCCGAGCGAGGGCUUCCAGGUGGACCUGGACGCGGACCGCCUGGACGACAGCAUCUACCAGCACCUCCUCUACAUCCGCCACUUCCUGUGGAGCCUGCGGAGCAAGCCCAGCGCCAGCGGGGGGCCCGCGCCGCCGGAGUGCCCCCAGGGCCCACACCAUGCCAGCCCCGAGGGCCACCCCGAGGCUUCCAGGGACCCCGGCCGGGGAGCCCGUGAGGCCAGCCCGGAGCACCCUCCGCCUUCUUCAGGGGCUCCCCGGGCUCAGGGCCCCCCAGGAAGGCCAUCAGGCCGUGUGAGCCGCGGGGGCCCCCAGCCCGGGCCCCUGCACGGGGACGCAUCAUGCCUGCUCACGCCUCCCGCCACCCCACUCGAGCCCACUGUCCCCGAGUGGCCUGAAGCCAGCAGCUCCUGUGGGAGAGCACUUCUGGAAGGGAGCAGGAACGGGCUGGGUGGCCCCCGGGGUGCGGCUCCUGAAGGAGACGGCGCGGCGCCCGCGGACGAGCCCCCUCCGGCCCCCUCCAGCCGCAGCUCCAGCACCGACGACUUCUGCUACCUGUUUGUGGUGGAGCUGGAGCGGGGCCCCUCGGGGCUGGGCAUGGGCCUGAUCGACGGGUUGCACACGCCCCUGGGCGCCCCCGGGCUCUACAUCCAGACCCUGCUCCCGGGGAGCCCCGCGGCGUCCGAUGGGCGGCUGUCGCUGGGAGACCGCAUCCUGGAGGUGAACGGCAGCAGCCUGCUGGGCGUCGGCUACCUGAGAGCCGUGGACCUGAUCCGACACGGGGGAAAGAAGAUGCGGUUUCUGGUUGCCAAGUCCGACGUGGAGACAGCCAAGAAAAUCCGCUUCCGCACACCCCCUCCCUAGGCGGCCUGCACCUGCGGUUCCCAGGUUAUGUCACCCUCUGCCCGGCUGCUCCGUGUGGGGCGCGACCUUCGGGGCCCUUGCCGUGGCCCUCGGCCUGUGGAUAAUGUACAUCGUAGUGUGUAUUUUAUUUAUACGACAGCUGGCACCAAGUUGUGAUGUUUGUUACAGAGCUUUUAUGUUGGGAGAUUUUAAUGGAGUAUAGAUUCAAUAAACUCUCUUUCGUAUUCUUA